AUGGAGGUGGAGAUGCAGCUGGACGACGACCUCUUCUUCGCGGAGCUCAGCAAGCGGAUUUCCCUCCUCAUCACCGACGACGACGAGGCCGACUUCGCCGCCUCGCAGUUCCCCGCCGCCGUCCACCUCCCGCCGGGUUUCUCCAUGUCCAUGGCGCCCCAUGUGCCGUCGAUGUUGGCGCCACCGGCCUACACGCUGUUACACCACGCCGCCAGCUACGGCGCCAACCACAGCGCCGGCGACGCCGGGAGAACGUGGCAGCAGCAGCAGCAUCAGCAACCUCAGCAGCAACAACAACAACAGUGCGGCAGCAAGGGCACCGGCGUCUUCAUCCCCCGGUCCACGCCCGGCUCCGCGCACCCCAAGAGGAAGGGCCGGAACUGGAGCGGCUCCAAGGCCGCCGCCCACAAGGCCAAGGCCCAGGCCCAGGCCGACGCCGGCGUCGCCGCGGGCGCGCCCACCAAAAAGCGCGCCUGA